UUGUAAUAAUUUACAUUAUGUAAAAUGAUUCUUAAAAAAAGUAAAAAAAAAAAAAGUAAAUCACACACAAAAAAUUACUUUAGCUGGGUUUUUACAGGCAGGGUCACAUAUGUCUGAAAUAUCUAGCCAAAAACUAAAAUAUCUAGCCAAAAGUUUUUAAUCUGCACAACUUUAAUAUUUUAAUCCUAAAUGCUUUGAUUCUGACAUAAUGUAGGCCUAAUUGCACGUUAAUUUAUUCUACAUGCUUCCUGUCACAGUAUGUUAUAUUUGAAAAAAAAAGACUUCAACUUCAUUUGUGAAUAGCAGAUGUUUGUGAACUAUAAACGGUUCACUUUAGAGAUUUUAAGCACUUCUGCUUUUUAUUUCCUCAGAUCCCCGAAAGAGAUUGCAUUACUCUAUUCUUUUUCAUAUUAAACAGACACAAUGCUUUUAAUCUUAUUUCUGAUUACAAUGUUGAGAGAAGGAUGUCAUAGCAUUGAAAAGGAUCAGCGAGGAUCUGAUGUGACUUUGCGAUGUGAUGUCCCUCUCCUGUCUGAAUCCUCAACAUUACAGUGGAUUAAAGAAAGAGGUCAAGCAUCCAACACAACUCUUGUGUACAACAACUCUGCUUACAUUAUCUUACACAAUGUUGAUGAACACAGUGAAGGAAAAUAUUACUGCAUGUUAAAUGAAGAUGAAAGUGUAAAAACAGUUAUGAAUCACACAGUUAGUGUCACUGAAUAUUCACUAAGUAAAAAGCUUACAAUUUACAGACAAAGCUCUGGUGAGUUAUCACUGAUCUGCAAGUCUCAAAAGGAAUGCCACAGGUUCAUGUGGAUCUUAAAUUUGGGGCCUAAUUCAAAUACCAUAUUAAUAGCUGUAGAAAAAAGAGGAAAAGUUCAAGUUAACGGACCAAUUAAAACCGGGGAAAAAAACUUCUACCACAUACAAUAGUCAAAUGUUUCUAUUUCAUAUCUCACCUGUGAAGUUUAAUUAUAGUGGAAGAUACAAGUGUAUGGUGGAUAACAAUGUUAAACACGCAUAUGCAACCACAAUCCUUCACACUAUCAGAGUUUCUGCAGAGCCCCCUGGUGGUGUGUUGAUGCAUGAGUCUGUUGUUCUUACCUGUGAGGUGUCUGAUGUUACUGAUUCAGUGAUGCUGGCCUGGCUCAGGAUGGAUGGGGACAGGGGAGUGCUGGUCAAACAGCAAAUGCUAAAUAAUAAAAACAACAAGAAACAUCUCACUGUGAAUGUGAGCAGCAUUCAGUCAGACCUGCUGCACUGGCAGUGUGCAGUGUUUACUGAAAACAAAUUAAAAGCCUUGGCUCCUAUAACAAUCAGUUUGAUCUCAAAUGAUCCAGGUACAUCAACAGAGACCCCCACUUCAACAUAUCAAGACGACACCUGGACACAGGACAGCCAUGUACAAACUAUGAUCCUCCUGGCCUGUUCUGUCACUGCCUGUGUGCUGAUUCUGCUGGGUCUUCUAGUUUUUAAAUGUCAGCGAAAAACAUUUGCUGGUGAUGGGACAUCUAUGACAGAGAUGAGACCUUAUAGCAACACUUCUCAGACUGACCCUGUUUGGACAGCUGAAGGUCGUGACAGUGUGCUGAAAUCCCGAGAGGAAGAGGAGGAGCUGCAUUAUGCUUCAGUGACUGUAGCAGGAUGCAUUCAGGGAGACGACAGCUUGGUAGGAACUAAUGCAAGUUCAAAGGUGUUGGACAGCAGCAACCAAGUCAUCUACUCUGCUAUUAAAAUACAGUGAGACAUUCAUUGUAAAUUCUCAGUGUCUUGACUCAUAAUGGAGGAGGAAAAGACUUGCAAAUAAUUAAUAAAUAUUUUUUUGUGAAUAAUAGAAUGUAAACUCAUGUUAUUCAUUUUUUAUAAAUCGUUUCUUGUUUAAGUCAUUAUUGGUAUGCUAAUUUAGUAAGGGUGUUCAGAUGUUGUUUUGCUUAAAAAAAAACACCAUCAUUACCACUAAACUUUUUCUUUAUUUAUGAUCAGACGGCAGAAAGAAACCUCAAUAUAGUUUCAAGACGUGGUAAAUUUAGCAUGGUAUUUCCUGCUAUGGAAAAAGCGUUGAUGAUUUAUCUUUGCAAAAACAAAGCAACCAGCAAAUCAGCAUGCACAAAAGUCAUUUCAUUUAAAGCUUUUAAACCAUGAAAUAUUCAUAUUUAUAGAAAGAAUUUACUUUUAAAUUGUAAAAAGUUACCCAAUAGCUCUAUGAAAGCAGAAGCAUUCUAAAUAUGUUAUAAUAUUAUUAUGAUCACUACAAUAACUAUAACUAGAAUAACACUGCAUUAUAAAAAUGUUGUACCUCCUCUCUAACAUAAAUUGACUUCAGUGGCAGUAUAAUAUACAGGAAAGAUAAUAUCUUAAAGAAAUAGCUAACAAUUUGAACAUAAAUAAAACCAGGUAAAUAACAGUGGUUAAUACAUUACCACAUUUACCAUUUCUUUUCUUCACACAUAUAAUCUAUUUAUUUGUAGCUUGUAACAGGUUACAUAGCAUUAUCAUUAAUAAUGCAUUAUUGGGUCAAUAAAGAAUGUUGCAUCCAACAAAGAUGAUUAGAUACAGCUAUAUAAAUGUAAAAAAAAUAUGUGGACAUUUUGCCACAUUUAAAAUACAUUCAACUAAUGAGGCAUUUACAGUAUGUUAGUAUCUCAUUUUAAACCAUCUUAGUAUUCUUCCUAACGGAAAAUGCUGUCACAAAAGGUCAACAAGUUCAAUGAAAAUAUUCUUUUGUAUGUGCUUAUAAAUAAAUGUAACUUUCAAUAUUAAACAUGAACCACCCUAAAUUAGUGAG